CUUUAAAGAAAAGGGUAAAUAAGUAACAAAACUCAUGAGAAUCAUAUUUUCCCACCAUGAUAAUAAUCCAUACAUACCCCCACAAUGUUAUAAAAUCAAACCUCCGGUUGUCUUCUUUCUUUUCUUCCUAAGUAUUAAAUAAUUAUCAAAUCAAAUACUCCUAAAAAGUCUCUGCUGUUUAUUAUUUUCGGAGAUAGAAAGAGAAAAAUAUGGAUAGGGUAUUUUCAGUGGACGAUGACAUUGGCGACCAUUUUUGGUCUACGCCGCCGUCGACGGCGGAGUUAGGCGUUGAUUCACCUUCCUCCGCCGCCGCCAACUCCUACUCUAAGAUGAUGAAUCGGAGCUCCUCCGAAUGGGCUUUCCAGCGCUUCUUACAAGAAGCCACCGCCGCUUCUCCUCCUCAGCCACCUACAAUGGCGUCUUCAUCAUCAUCGUCGCAUCAAAACGACGUCGUCGAGAUCAAGGAUGAGAGUCUAUCUUCUGCUGCUCAUCGCAAUUCCAGUACGGCGUUGAAUUUGAAGCCGGCGACGUCGUUUGUAUCUGGACCUCCGCAGAAUAUUCCUGUUGAUUCUGAAGAGUAUCAAGCUUUCCUCAAAAAUCGCCUUGAUUUGGCUUGCGCUGCAGUCGCUUUGAGUCGCGCGAAGAAUCUAAAGCCUCAGAAUUCAAGUUCUACGGCACCUGAUAAAGGAUCAGAGACUGCUGGUGCAUCACAAUCAGUAUCUCACAUCGGCAUUAAAGGAUCUGGUCAGGAAUUGACAAACAUUCAAGAUAAGGAUUCUGGUGGACCGGUUGGAAUACCCUCUUUGCCCCCAGUGCAGAAGAAACCUGGGGUGCAGGUGAAGUCAACAACCAGUGGUUCAUCUAGAGAUCAAUCCGAUGAUGAUGAAGCCGAAGGUGAAGCAGAAACAACUCAAGGAACGGAUCCAGCUGAUGUGAAACGUGUAAGGAGAAUGCUUUCAAAUAGAGAAUCAGCCAGACGUUCCAGGAGAAGAAAGCAGGCCCAUCUUACAGAACUUGAGACACAGGUUUCUCAGCUGAGAGUAGAAAACUCCUCCCUGCUGAAACGUCUGACUGACAUAAGCCAGAAAUACAAUGAAUCAGCUGUUGAUAAUCGAGUCUUAAAAGCAGAUGUUGAGACAUUGAGAGCGAAGGUGAAGAUGGCAGAAGAAACUGUUAAAAGAGUUACUGGGCUACAGCCCUUAUUCCAAGCCAUGUCUGAUGUAACCUCAAUGGCAAUGCCAUCCUUUUCUGGUAGUCCUUCAGACACAUCAGCAGACGCUGCUGUACCCGUGUCAAAUGAUCCGAAACAUCACUACUACCAACAACCGCCAAACAAUCAUAUGCCAACCCAUGAUCCUAGAAUCCAAAAUGGUAUGGUUGAUGUUCCUCCAAUAGGAAAUGUACAGCAGAAUCCUGUGACAUCAUCAGUUGGGGGGAAUAAGAUGGGUAGAACAUCUUCGAUGCAACGGGUGGCUAGCUUGGAGCAUCUGCAGAAGCGCAUCCGUGGAGAAGUGAGUUCCUGUGGAACCCAAGGCCGGGGAGAGCAGUAAUCACUGUUAAUAUGUUGAUAAAAUUAUACUGUUAUUAUCCAUCUGUGGCAGGAAAAAUGCCCAUUCUUUGUAUGACAAUGCUUUCUUGGAUGAUACUAACAUGCAUUGACAUCCCUUUUGCUAUUUUGCUAGUUUCGUUUUUCCCCUGUAAUUGUCAAUACUUAGCUUCUGUAUUUUCACUUUAACGUCCUUCAA